AUGCAACCUGCGAGUCCGUUGCCGAUUGACCCACAUUGGUUAAGCACAGAAGAAUACGUUGAAUCCCUCCUGACCUUUGUGUCUACCUCAGAGCUCUUCCGCAAUCUCUGUGGAGGUGUACACAUUCUUGACUUCUUGACGCGCGAGCCGGAUUUAUACUCCUGGGUCCUGCCACAGGACUGGAGAGAGUGGUUCGAAGAUGUCGAUGUGGAGGAUGUGCUUGAUUUGCUGUUGAGGGAAGACCUGGAUCAAUUUGCUGCUCGAGGGUCUAGUCUUGUAGAAUCCAGAUGGCGAAAUCACAAGUUUCCACCCGCCAGUCUAAUUGAUUAUGCGAGAGACGUCCGAAAGCAUAGCUUGAAGAGGGAACUUCAAUCGAGAAGAGCUGAGUCGAAAUUGGGAACGGAAGCACUGCCACGUCACAUUGCUGUGGGUAUGAAGCCAAAAAAGAUUCACGAAGUAAUGCAAUUUGCAGCAUUUGUCGAGGACCUCUCACAGUACAUCCAAGACAGGAGCACUCACGUGAAUGACAACAGCAAAGGUGAAGUUCUAGGCAAUGAGAAGGCUAAUCGUAUUGCCACAGGUACGCAGCUUAACAGCGAAAUUACUGUCGUUGAUUUCGGUUCCGGUCAAAACUAUCUCGGUCGCACUCUAGCAUGUCCGCCAUACAACAGGAAAGUCAUUGCAAUCGAGCAGAGACACCAUAACGUUGAGGGAGCGAAGGGCAUGGACGUGAGUGCUAGGCUUGCGAAGAAGGAGAAGAAGAUGAUAAACAAGAAGGAGUGGAAAGCACAAUGGCAAGCCAGUAGAGGAAGAGAACUGGCUCACUCACCAAAAGUUGUGGAAAUUGUCACUGGAUCAGGUUUGUCGGAACAAGAAUUGCAAGACAUAGAAAGCAGGAUACCGCAACUGCCACUGUACGAUCUGUACGAGCGACCAGUGGAGGCCAUUCCGCAGUCGCGGCAGGACCCAUUGAGCAACGGAAAUGUCGAACUAUCGACUGAUAUGCAGCAGAAACCCAGCAAGCACGAUCCGCACUUCCAAGAAGUACAAGAUGAGUCAAUCGGUACAGGCGCUAUCGAAUACGUCGAGAAAGAGCUGUCCUCAGGUGACCUUCAGGACAUUCUCGCACCUACCUGUCCACCGCUUCUGGUCGUCAGCAUACACUCAUGCGGCAACCUUACACAUCACGGUCUUCGUUCUGUAACUUUAAAUCCGUCAGUACAAGCUGUAGCUCUGAUAGGUUGCUGCUAUAAUCUUCUUACCGAACGACUUGGUCCACCAACACACAAGCUCCUAACACUUCGAUCGAACCAUCCACGAUUGGAAGCUACCAGCUCCGCCUUUGAUACGCACGGCUUUCCGAUGAGCAGAAGGCUCGAAGAGUUUGAGUAUCCCAUCAACACGACAAUGUCUCGCAGCAACGAGUGUCAGCAGGCUAAAAGCCUGGAUCGUGAAGGGCAGAACAUAGGUACCACCAGCCAUGGCGUGCGAUUUAACAUCACAGCCAGGAUGAUGGCAGUACAAGCACCUCACAACUGGGGUCCCAUGGACAGCGAAGAGUUCUUUACGCGUCACUACUAUCGCGCUUUACUUCAGCGAAUUUUGCUAGACUUGGGAGUGGUCAAGAUGGCACAUGUAAGUUGUCAGGACGACAUCGAGGUGGCUGGAGGCACACUAAGCGGCAAAGACAAUAACGGCACUCCAUUGAUCAUCGGUAGUCUUAGAAAGAGCUGUUUCUCGAGCUUUAUAGCUUAUGUGAAAGGAGCUGUACAAAAGCUUGUGGCAGAUCCUGUUCAUGGGCCGGAAAUCCAGCGAAAGACUGGUUGCCUCUUCGAAUACAACGACAAUUUGAUACACCAAUAUGAGAAGGACUUCAAGUAUGCUAAGAAACAACUAUCGGUGAUUUGGUCGUUGAUGGCUUUCUCUGCUAAUGUCGUUGAAAGCACUAUUUUGGUUGAUCGAUGGUUGUGGUUGAAAGAACAAGAUCAAAUCCAAGACGCAUGGGUAGAAGCGGUGUUUGACUACAAGCAGAGUCCAAGAAACAUGGUCGUGGUCGGCCUCAAGAAGUGA